AUGGCUCCUGAUACCACCACCACCACCCUCAACUACUUCCUCGCUCCGCCUGACGGCUCUCGGCCUUACAAUAAGAUCUUCUCAGAUGGUGCCGACGGAAAGCCGGGCUCUAACUGGAUUCGGGACCCACAUGAGGUACAAGUUGAGGACGUGCGCGGGAAGGAGGAACUUUACAAGCUUGACAAUGCUGGAUUUCAGUACGGGCGAGAAGCGGCAAAGCAUACCAGCUUCUUAAAUCAUGAUGAGGUUGAGGGGGAAUACUACCCUGAGAGCAUUGACCUCAUCAAGAGGGUUACAGGAGCAACCAAGAUUGUCAUCUUUGAUCACACCAUUCGUCGCCGUCGCCCGGGCGAGGUAGAUAAUGGCCCACAGAAACGUCAGCCGGUCUCCCAGGCUCAUGUGGACCAAACGCCUGCGGCAUCCGUCGCUCGUGUUCAUAGGCACCUCCCACCAACAGAGGCUCCUGCGCUCCUUCGCAGACGGUUCCAAAUCGUAAAUCUGUGGCGACCUAUAUCGCAUGCAGCCGUAGAUUGGCCACUUGCACUAUGUGACUUUAGGAGUGUAGAUUUCGAGAAGGACUUGGUUCCUGUCGCUCUUAUAUACCCCGACCGCGAGGGUGAGACAUUUGGAGUCAAAUACAGCCCAAAUCACCAGUGGAAAUACGUGAAGGCAAUGACCCCAGAAGAGUUUGUUCUUAUCAAAUGCUUUGACUCGGUACAGGAUGGCAGUGUCGCUAGGCUCACCCCUCAUACUGGCUUCCAAGACCCAAACACUCCAGAGGGAGCACCGUUUCGGGAAUCCAUCGAGCUGAGAGCUCUGGUAUUCUAUGAUUAG